AUGUCUGCUGAAGAAGGCUGGCACACGGUAGAAGACGGCAAGAAGCUGUACACAAAGACGUGGAAGACUAACGGUCCUGCCAAAGCUCGACUUGUAUUCAUACAUGGUUUUAGCGACCAUUGUAAUACCUACAACGAGUUCUUUCCCACGUUGGCCUCGAAAGGCAUCGAAGUCUACGCUUUCGAUCAGAGAGGAUGGGGCCGAUCAGUUGCAAAACCUUCUGAGAGAGGCCACACCGGGCCAACGUCCCGAGUGCUAGACGACAUUACGUCCUUUCUCAGGACGGUCAUCCCGUGCCCGAUUCCUCUAUUUCUCAUGGGACACUCUAUGGGCGGCGGUGAAGUGCUCUUGUACAUGUCGACCGGACCGGUUGAGAUUCGCAAGCACAUCCGUGGCUACCUUUUGGAGUCGCCCUUCAUCGACUUUGAUCCAAAGUCGAAGCCGUCCUCAAUCACUGUGUUCCUCGGCCGCCUAGCUGGGAAAGUGCUGCCGCAUCGUCAACUAACGAAUCCGCUCGAUGUGAAGCUCAUCUCGCGCAAUGAAGCAGUGCAAAAGCAAUUCACAGAGGAUGACCUGUGCCACGACACCGGCACUCUCCAGGGUCUUGCCGGGAUGCUGGACCGCACCGCCGAACUAGCGGCUGGCAAAGUCAAGAUUGAGGACGAUGCGGGCGAGGGCGGCGUCACGAGGGUGUGGAUAGGCCACGGUGACAAGGAUGGUAUCACGAACUACCACGCAACCAAAACUCUCGCAGAGCGUCUUCCAGUCAAAGACAAAGAGUUCAAGACGUAUCCGGGGUACUUCCAUAGAUUGCACGACGAGCCGGGUUCUGACAAGGACGUGUUUGUAGACGAUGUUGCCAACUGGAUACUGUCACGCUCAGAGGAUCCAGUGCAGGUGGAAGAUACCAGACCCAAGCUGUGA